AUGGACGCGCGCCGGCGCGGCAUGCCGGGCGCGCCGCCGGCCGUCGCGGGCCAGCAGGCCACGACGCCGGCCUCCUCCUCUUCCUCCUCCUCCUCCUCUUCUUCUUCCUCGGCGCACGCCAAAUCCUUGGCCUUCUCCAUCGAGCGGAUCAUGGCUCGGACGCCCGAACCCAGGGCGGUGCCGCUGCCCGGCUGGUUCCGGCCGGCUCCGGCGAGGCUGCCCGACGUGUGCCCGUCAUCGCUGCACUGUAUGAUCCCGCUGGUUCCGUUCGGUUACGCGGAGCAGCACCGGCUCGCCCUCCACCAAGGCUGCCCGGGGGCGGGGGCGGGGGCGGCGGCGCUGGCCGCGGACGUCCCCCCGGCAGCGACGGACCUGCUCGGGUUCGGACUCAACUACGCCGGCCGGCAGGAUGAGCCCGCCCGGAAUCUGCCGGACGGCAGCCAUUACAAACUUUUCCGGCCCCGCGUGGUGACCCAGUCGGCGUUCCCGUCACGAGGUACCGUGUGCUACCUCAACUGCAGCGGCGGCGCGGGCGGCGGUGCCGGGGACGCCGGUCCGGCGGGGCUCCUCAACCUGCACCCGAUGGCCUCGUACCUGCUGUCCGGCCGGCACAAAGCGGGCCCGCUUCCCUACCAAGCUGCGCAGAACCACCUGCAGAGCCUCAUCAAGGAGCGCGACUUUGGGGAGAAGAUUCUCAAGAGCUCGUCGUCGUCCUCGGCGGCGGCGGCGGCGGCGAGACUUGCUGGAGGAAAACCCAAAGUGUUCACCUGCGAAGUCUGCGGAAAGGUGUUCAACGCGCACUACAACCUGACUCGCCACAUGCCCGUGCACACGGGCGCGCGCCCGUUUGUCUGCAAAGUCUGCGGAAAAGGUUUCAGGCAGGCCAGCACACUCUGCAGGCACAAGAUUAUACACACUCAGGAAAAGCCUCACAAGUGCAGCCAGUGCGGCAAAGCGUUCAACCGCAGCUCGACGCUCAACACGCACACGCGCAUCCACGCCGGCUACAAACCUUUCGUCUGCGAGUUCUGCGGCAAAGGAUUCCACCAGAAAGGCAAUUACAAGAAUCACAAGCUGACGCACAGCGGCGAGAAGCAGUUCAAGUGUUCCAUCUGCAGCAAAGCCUUCCACCAAGUCUACAACCUCACCUUCCAUAUGCACACGCACAACGACAAGAAGCCCUUCACCUGCCCCACCUGCGGCAAAGGCUUCUGCCGAAACUUCGACCUCAAGAAGCACGUCCGCAAGCUGCACGAGCACGCCGCCAUGGCUAUCCAGCGGGCCGCUGCCUCGCCGCCGCCUGUGGCGACGCAGCGGCCCUGA